AAAUCUUUAACUUUGUGUAGUCAUGUAAUUUCAUCACUUUUGGAAGCAGUUUGACUUUACAGCAUUUUAUCACAGUUCCACCAUAAACUGUACUUUAUCCUUGUCUGUAUUUCUUUCUCGCCAAAGUCUUCGAGAAGAAAUCCAGAGCCCAUAUCAAAAAAAAAAAUUCCCUGGUCCCACGACAAAGAUCCAAUUUCCAGGCUGAGCUGCAGCUGGAGAGGGUGGAGCGGCAGAGAGCAGCUCUCAGACAUGAAGCAGUCUGAACUCAGAGAGAAUAACCACAGCCCUGGAAACAAUGGUGGUGUUUUCUGUGGAACAGUGUGACGGGCCCAGUCGCCAACAUGAGGGCCAUGGAACCAGAGGUUGGUUAUCAAGGCCUCUCCACCUGCUGUGGUUUUAAAAACACCAGCCGUUGUUUGACGCGCGCUGUUAAAGAUGCUGGCUUUUCUACAUCACUGUGUUUUUCUCUGGGCCAUGUGGACCUGCAGUAACACGCAGACACCUGAACCUGCCACAGGGUUGAACAGAAACAUUCUGGUUCUACUGGACUCUUCAGGAAGUUUAUCAGACUAUGAGUUCUCUCAGCUGCUGCGAUUCACCUCCAAACUGCUCCGCCCUUUGACACUGGACAAUGGGAACGUUAGAGUGGGGCUGUUGCAAGUGGGCACCAGCCCACACUUGGAGUUUGGGUUGGAUGUCCACAAGAGUCAAAGAAGUCUGCAGGAAGCCCUGCAGACUGUCAGGCAUCUGAGGGGAAACACCAACACGGUGGAGGCCCUGAGGUUGGCUCAGCGACUCCUGUCUGAGGCGGAGGAGGAGGAGCCAAAGAUCCUGCUGUGGCUGACUGAUGGAGCGCAGCCUGGAGACGUGACGGAGGCCAUGACGGAACUGAAGACGCGGGGAGUGACUGUGAUGAUCGUAGCCACCGUACACGCCAACUACCACCUGUUACAACAGGCAGUGACUCCUCCCCUGGAGGCCAACCUCUACACCGUGGACAUGGAUGACAUUGACAUCAUCACAGAGGAGCUGAGAAAGACCAUCAUCAAAUCUUUUCAUGCCGAAACGCUACACGUGAACCAGCUGACGACCCACAGUGCUGUGCUGCAGUGGAGUCCUGUUCUGACAGCAGAGGGCGAUUUUUACGAGCUCAGGUAUAACUCCGUGUCAGAAGCGGACACAGUGACCAGACGGAUUCUUCCUGGAGACUCGUCCUCGGUCAGACUGAUUGACCUCCAGCCGGACACUGUUUACACAGCGUCGCUCCAGCCAGAGUCCAACCAGAGGCCGUUUAACGCACUCUCUGUUACUUUUACUACGCUCCCUGAUAUUUCGAGUCCGGCUGUGGUCACCGUGUCAGACUCUGGUCCUCAUCAGAUGCGUGUGAACUGGGGCCCCCUGCAGCCAGAGCUAACCCAGAGACACAAGGUAGAAUAUGGAGUUUUUCCAAGUGGAAGUGUCCAGGUUGUGACGCUGCACCGCCGUAAAAAAUCUGUGUUGCUCACGGGCCUGGAGGCAGGCACCGAAUAUCUGAUCACAGUUAGUGCUGUGCAUGAGGACGGCAGAGAAAGAGCCAUGUCCGUAAGAGCCUACACCACAGAGGUUCUGCCAGCACUGGUUGAGCUACAGUUGACACCAGCGGAAAAUCAGGAAGUUCAAAUAGUUUGGACGGCUCUUAGAGAAGAAGGUCUAAAAGGAUUCUGGCUUAAAUGGGACAGAAAAUCCUCCAAAUCGUCCUCCUCAAAUUCUUACUCCUCCUCCAUCUACUUGUCUCCGUCAACUCGUUCAAUGAGGCUGAGAGACGUCCGUCCCGGGGGCCGAGUGUGUGUGUCUCCAGUCUACAGUUCAGGACAAGGGGACGGCGUUUGCUGCACAGCAAAUAAUCACACAGAUUCCAGCCAGUGAGAAACUGCAGCAUUCCUCCAGGAUGAAAUCAAGCGGCUGCAGUGCUGGAUGCACCGCGGCUAAUUUCUUGAGUCUAGUUUGGUUUUCAUCCAGAAAAAAAAAGUUAUUGUGACGGGAAAAGCCAUUGUCAGGCCAGCCCGCUGUUUCCACAUUGUGUGAGUAAAUACCAAAAAUAAUUGCAAUUUUUCUUCCUGCAAGAGGAAAUAUCACCAAUCAACGACAUUACUGUUCAGAAUGUCAAACUGUUUACAGUGUCAGGACCACAGAGCUGCGUACGAUACUAGACUAUAGACUUAUUCACUGUCAUUAUCACAGCAAUUAUUGUUACAAACAAUAAUUAUUUAUUUUUCUAACGGCUUUUUAAUGUGUUUUAUUCAACAAUGUCAAAAAUGAUGAAUAUAAUGUAAUUUAUUCACUCAUUACUUUACUUUGUAAUUACUGUAAUAGUGCCAGGGAGAGUUGUUUGGACCAAUAUGCUAUUUCCAAAUGUAUAUUUAACUUCUAUUUAAUUUGACAUCAAUGAGUCAGGUUAGUUUCACUCAAAGGCUGGAAUGUUCUGCUUGUUUUUAACAAGAACUUUAUGCCGGUGUUUUCAAACUUUUUCUGAGCCACAAAACUUUGUUUCACUAAAAAUCAAAGCCAAAAAUGUCACAAAAAGUUUUACUGUAUGUAAUGAAUAAUUAACUGUUUUAU